AGAAAUAAUCAAAAAUAGAUUUAUUACGUGACUUAUAUGAACUUUGAACCCCCUUGACCGUGGCAUUUUACUUUUAAAUUUGCACGUCCAGCAAACAACAGCUUGCUUUUGUUAGUUACAACUAUUAUUAUAUCUAAAAACUUAGCGAACUGACUUGGCAGUAUUCAAGUAUUGUAGUGUUAAGAAAAUGGCGUCGAUAAGAAUCUUCAGAGCGGCGUCCAGAUCUUUUUUACUGAGCAAUGGCCAAGGUAGUAAAUAAUAUAAAGUGAAAGUGAAAGUGGUUACUGAGUACUGAAAGUAAAGUAAAGUAAAGGCUACCAAAGUAAAUUGUAAAGUAUGUAAACAGAAACGCUAACAGUUACUCACAAUGACUAGGCUUGACUAGGCUUUAGAAUUUAGAACUCAAUAUUUUAUUUUAGGCCUAAGCCAAGCAAACUCACUUGUCACUAGACUUGUUUGUGAAAUGUGAUAGUGUAGUAGUUAGUGCCCUGCAAAAUAAAAUAAAUUAUUUCAGUGCAGGCUCAGGUUUCAACUGUCUUCAGGGCUAAAAUCAGGGAGGGUGUGUAAAAAAAAAAAAAGGGUUGGGCUGGGGGGGGGGGGGCACUCGCCUAGGGUGUAAACAUGAUGGUGGCAGCGACCAAAUCGUCUUUAGACGGGACCGGACUUGAAACUUUAAAAGUGAAUUAAAUUAUAAAAUCCCAAUCCCAUGUUCUCCACAAAGACAAGGGGCGCAAAAUAGUCUUAAUUUUUACUGGUCCGCCCUAGACAGCUUUUAGUUUGCUAUAUUACUAAAUUAAUUAUUUAAUAUAUUAUAAUAUAUUGAAUAGUGGCUUUUCUUUGUCAUGGCUCUGGCUAAAUUAUUAAUCAAUUAAUACAGUUAAAAUCAUUAAGUUGAAUCACUGUGUAACACUAGUUUGUAAAUAAGUCUAAGUUUAAAUAACCAGAGUCUCACUGACAAUUCAAUAUAAGACUUAGACUUAAUAAGUGUAGCCCAAUAAUGCUAAAUAGUAUAAAUAGUCUAUGAGAAUGAGUUUUUAUUUACUCUAAUUAUAUUGACAAUUGAUGGACCUGUCAGUAGGGCCUACAUAAAGUCUCCGUCUAGCAUAUAUGCAGUCUCCUAUAUAAAUGCAGUCUCCUGCAUAAAUGCAGUCUUCCAUACAUAUGCACACUUCUGUACACUUGCAGUGUGUUACUCUGCCUGCUUGCUUUUAGCUAACAUUUUAAAUAUUUUAUUACAUUCCUUCUCUCAACUUGAGGAAUUGCCAACAAUUUGUUAAAAUCUGAUUUUCUUUUGAUAAUGACAAUGAAAAAUAAUGACACACUUACAUCUUAUUUAUAGAUUAAUAUUAAAUGCAUUGAUUCUCAACAAAACCCUACAGGGAUGAAGUAUAGUUUUCAAUUCUUGCGUAAAGGGCACAAAAAGAAACUGUCUUCUGAAUCCUGAAUGGUGUUUAAAAUACUGGGAAUGAAACAGAGAAAGAUUAGCGGAAUACAAAACGGUCAUGAACCUACCAAAACAUUAAAAGCAAAAAACUAAAAAAAAAAACAACUUAAUGCAAUACUUUUUUGUUGACAGAUUUAUUAAAAGCAGCCAUGUAAUGUUCACACCAACAUCUUAAAUUUUUUCCUCAGACACUUAAACACACGUUUAAAAUGACUGGGUUAGUCCACUAUGUAAAUUUUUAGGCCACCAUCAUGUUCUUUCAAUGGUUUGUUCAUACUGAAUUUAAAAUGUGACACACUUCUAAUUUUUAGUUUAUUUAUAAAUUUGACCCAAUGGUUAUGUAGCCUCUGCAUCACUAGAAAAAUAGGAUUAGCUGGCAUAGUGAUUGUAGGGGCAGGGGCUUUAGUUACCAAACUGCCUACUGUUGAACAAGUUUUUUUCUCCAAAUUUGUUGUCACCUUAAAAAUAACUCAUAUUUGGAAAAAGUAAUUAGAGAAUUCUGCCUAGAAAAGUUUCAUGUUUGCUAUUUUCUUGUUUUAUAUUGCAGUUGCAUUGAUCUGGGUGAUGAACAUUUAAGAAGUUAUACAAAAUUGCUUUUUGUGAAUCAUUUGCAAUUUUGUGUAACUUCUUUUAAAUGUUUUAAGAUAUUAAAAAAAUGAGGUACAAAUUAUCAAACAUCUCUUACCUUCUUAUUUUUAAAAAUAUUUAUAUAAUUUUACUUGAAACAUUCUGGGCAGUUACCUACUUCGGUUACUUGAACUUUCUAAUAAGUAGUGUAAGUACUAAAGAAUAAGGCAGUGCAAGUGUAAAUUUGAAUUAGCUUUCUUUGAUUUCCAAGUACUUCACCAAUAAAAUAAAAUCUAUAUGCCAUAAUGUAUAAUUAAUCAAUAUUUAAUUUGGACCCAGCUGUUUCUAGGCAACUGAGCACAAAAUCAUCUUCCAUCAAAAGCAGAGGUGCUCUCUUGGUUGGGUCAGCAUUAGGAGUCAGCAUUGCUGGUUAUGGCCUUUACAAAUCUAAGACCAACAGUGCUGGAAAAGAUUUGUCUAAAACUGUGCAGGCGAUUUUUACUCCUCCCACGCUUUCAGCAGCUGCUCCACCAGCAAGUCAACCAUCUGUAAGCUGUACACCAUAAGUAAUGUGGCUUUAUGUAAAUUAUUAUGAAAUAUGUAUUGAAUGUGUACAUUUUUGUUCUUUUUAAUACAGAUGAGUGGUUAUUUUUCCCCUUUUUACUUAAACUUAUAAACAUAAAUAUAAGAUUAAUGGUCAUAAAUGUCUGAGAACAGAAUUUUAUAUCACAUUUCUAUCAAUCGGUCAACAUUGUAAUCAACAUCUUCAAAAUUCAACAUAGGUUUGGUCCCCUGGUAAAGAUCAUGCUCUCUAUUUAUGGAUCCAUGUCAAACCCACAGCUAGUCCUAGAGAAGUUGCCAAAGUUGCAGCAAAGCUUCAAAAACUAGUUGAUGCUGUUGUUGAUCCAGCUUUGAAGGAUGAAGAUGAUGAAGUUUUGGCAGGAGUAGGAUUUGGUCCCAACUUUUAUGCACAGGUAAACAAACCCUAUUAUUUCUACAUAACAUGCUUUAAAAACUUAAAUAAGUAGUGGCACAAGAUAUGUUAAAAACUUAAUAUAUAAUAAUAGGGGAAUGUUUAAACCCCUAUCAUCUAUAGUAACUUAAAGUAAACCACUAGUGUUUCUGAUCCCCUAUGGUUUUGCUUCUUAAAAAGACUGUUGAAAUUACUAGUGGGUAUAACUACAUAUUUUAGAGAGAAAAGAAGUUUUAGAUAUUUUUUAAUGUAAUAAUCAAUCAUUUCUUUGUGUAAUUAAAAAUGAUAAUUUGCUUGUUUAUUUUUAUUGAAAGUCAUAGUUUUAAACCAAAUUUUAUUCGUCUUCUUUAAGGUUUCAGGCAAGACUAGAAAAAGUUAUGUCUACCCUUAUAGGAAAGGCAGCCUAGGAGAAAUGCCUAGUUCAGGUAGCCUAAUAUUCAAUCACUUCAUUGGCUCACUUUACAAGCAUGCAUUGAUUACAAACUGUCUGCUCUCUGUCACAACUUUUUCUCUGAUCCUGCCCUUCCUAUCUAACCGAACUUCUUUCUGUCUAUUCACCCCUUGGACAGCUUCACUUUCUGCAGACACUGGUAUUCUUUCUGUUCCCAAGACACAUACUAAAACAUAUAAUGAACAAUCUUUCUCCUUCUGCACCUCCAGUCAAUGGAAUUGUCUCCCAUUACACAUCCCCACUAUACUGACCAGCCAGGCCUUCAAAACUGCACUCAAGACACAUAGCUUCGAAUUUUACUGGCCAAUAAACGAUGCUGCUGGGUGCUGUCUGUGACUUGACAUGUAAAGAGUUGGGGGGGGGGGGGGGAUUUUUUUUUUUUUAAAGGUGUUUUUUAAUUAAAUAAAUGUAUAUAUAUUAAUGUCAUUUUUAUUUUUGUCAAUAUUUUAUGUGAACCGUGGUGAGCCAGCACUAGCUGGGGUACCGCACUAUAUAAGACCACUGGAAUAAUAAUAAUUAAUAAUAUUCAAAAGUUUGACAUUUUGUGUUUAAUAAUAUUUCUGUUUACCUUUUUUAUUCACAACCAAUCAUAUCAAUUUUGUAUAGCAGUAAAUGAUUGUACAUUUAAUAUUUGAAUGUCAUAAAUUUGUUUCUUUUUCAGGGGGUGAUGUUUUUAUUCAUGCCAAGUCCAACCAAAUAAGCAAACUGUUUGAACUCUGUCAACUGUUCAUUAAAAGUCUUCCUAAAGACAGUGUAGAAAGCUUUGAGGACAUUUACAGUUUUGUCUAUCAGAAUGGCAGAGAUCUGUCUGGAUUUAUUGAUGGUUAGGCUAACAUUUAGUAAUACCCACAUUUAUUUCAGCUGUAUGACCCAGAGUUUGUUACUUAGCCUAAUUACCCAAGUAAUGUUACAUAGCCUAAUGAUUUGGAGCAUGUUAAAUGAGUCCAUAGGAUCAAAUUUAUCAAUUAAUACUUUAAAAAAAACAAUGAAGUAACUCUGGCUGAAAUGAAAUCUAUUCAAACACUAGGUAUUCAGCAUUGGUUCAGCCAGACUAAGUGACUAUCACUUUAAUAUUAAAAGGAGUGAAAAAAACAAGAAACAACCUUAAGCUCUAUUUGACUUUAAUCCUUUUGCUACCGAUGACGUUGACAUGACGUCACGAUCACCCAUUUUAAAAUUACCAAGGAUUGUAAUCACAUUGUCGUCAUAACAAAGAGGCAAGAACUUUUCUGAAAUACCAAGGACAUCAUGUCGACGUCAUAUUUCGAUACUAUAUAUUUCUUUAUUUGUUAAUCCAUAGAGAAGUUAAUAAGCGAAUCGGAUAGAGAAUGAAAAAUACUGGAAUUUUAAUAUUUUUAAUUUUGUUUAUUUUAAAAGUUUUUAGUGCUGAGUCAGCAGCCAGCGGUAAUAAAAGGGUUAAGAGUGUUUUUUAAUAAAAUAAGCUCUAUUAGGCAUUAAGAUAAGAUAAGAUUCUUUUAUUGAUCAAAACAAAUGGAAAUGUUUUUUGAUUGCAUUGUACAUUUUCAGCACAUAACUAAAACAAUUUGAACACAAGACAUCUACAUUAAAUUAUUUCACUAGUGAAAAAAACAGCCAUUCAGUGAACUCUCUUAGCUAUAUCAGGAACUUAUUAGUUCUCAUUAAGAUUUGUGACUUUAGGGGGAGUACGCUGGUAAAUUCACACAGAUUGGGGAACAAAAGAAUUUUUAUAUCUUUCAGUUAUGGCCCUGAGAGAAAGAAUUCGUCCCAAACGGGCCAAUCCUAAGUAUCUGUGAUGAAGAGGGUGGGAUGUAUCAUCGAAAAUGUGUUUAGUUUUACAAUAACAUCUUUCUUCAAAUAGUUCUUCAAGUGAAGGAUGUUUAGUUUGUGUUAUGUUCCUAGGUUUCUUGAUUAGUCUGUUUUUUCAGUGUUUAAUAUCAGACGAUGAAUUCCCACACCAUCAGAUUAUAUUGAAAUUAAGUAUGCUUCCAAUUGUUGCACUGUAGAAUAAGAGGUUUUCAUAAUAAAAUUUUAAAGUAUAUCUGAUAAUUUUCACAAUGUAAACUUAAAAUAUAUAUGUCUGAUGACAAAAUGAAUACAUUAACCUUUUAAUGUUUAGGUACUGAAAACAGAGCUGAUGAUGAAGGAAGACAGCAAGUUGCUGUGGAGAAAGAAACUGGAGGCAGCUAUGUGGUAAGUGUUGGCAUUUAAGUUGUAUGCGCCCAGAUUUGAUUUUCUGUUUUGUUAUUCAAAUAUAUCUGUGAUUCAUUAUUUUUAUCAUGUAUUCCCUUAAGGUGAAAUGUACAAACUCCAUGGAUUUAUUUGACAAAAAGGCCAAUUCAGAUUGACAAAAUAGCUCUCGUUUUGUUAUAAUGGAGUGCUACCUUCUCCAAAUUUUUUCAGAAAUUUUACACGAUAAGUUGAUCAUUCAGCAAAACUUAUGUAUAAUUGAAAAAUUAUGUAGUUAUUGUAAAGCAUGUUUCUAUUUGAAAUCUGUAGAAUUAUUAAUGUUAAGGUCAUAUAAAUGCUAUUAAUUAAUUUUUUCUAUAGAUCACACAGAAAUGGAUCCAUGAUUUUAAUGUCAUAAAUAAUGAAAAGCGUAAGUAUUGUAAUAUUUGUAAAAUAAAUAUAUAAUUUUUAAGUCACUUUCUCCAGAUACAAUUGUUUUCUGACCAAUAUUUCAUAAAUCCUAACCAAUAAGCUAUUUAGAGACAAUCUUUUUUUUUGCCAAUUUUAAUUUAAUAGUAAGAACCUGCCAAACGAUGGUGGCAGUAUUUCUUAAACUUCUCAUCUACUAAAGUUACUUAAAAAAAACAAGCAUUCAAGUAACGCGAUUAUAAUAAUCCCAAUUAGAGCUAACUGCUGGAAAUGUUAUUUUGUUCUCCUAUUGAACACAACUCUAAAGCCAUACAUAUAUAUAUACCUGCUAUGCUAUUAUUUGGGAUUAUAUUUUAUAUUAUAUUGAUAAAUCUCUGGAUUGAUAAUUUUAUUCAGAUAAUAAAAGUUUGGUAAAUAUUUAAAAACAAAUCCUUUACCAAAAUGGUUUUAAACUUGAAUAAUUAUUGAAAACCUAACUUUUAAUACCGAUAUUUGAUUAAAAAAAAAUUAUAUUCGUAUCGACGUAUCAAGGUUAAAGUUAUUAUUUUUUUAUCACAGCUAAAACCAUGGAAGCAUGGGUUGGAAGAGAAAGAGGAGAUAGUACAGAAAUUUCAAAGAAAUCAAUCACAUCCCAUGUUGCAAGAAUGACUGGAGGUAGGAUAUUUGUAAUUCUAAUUACAUUACCAAUUUAGCUCAUAGAAUUUCAGAACAUGCAAUUUAAACUUUUAAUUAUGAAUUAAAAUUAACAUAACUACACUAUUAUGCAUGAUCAAAUAUUUUCUUUUCAAAGCCUAACGGUUUUUUAUAUCAAUCUAUAGGAAAUGGUUUUGAACAGCCCAAGCCAGUUGAAAUUGUCAGACAAUCUAUGCCAUUUGGAACAGUUGGAAAAGAAGCUGGACUUUUUUUCAUUGGCUAUGCAGCUGACCCAUACAACUUUGAAUUCAUGCUGGAUAGAAUGGUAGGCGCUGGGGGUGAUGGUCACAGUGAUGAUAUCAUGCGAUUGUCAAAGAACGUGAAAGGCACCUAUUGGUAUUUUCCUAGCCAAAGUGAGCUGGCCAAAUUAGCUUAAAGGCUGUAUCGCUUUAUUUGCUAUGGAUGGCAAUAGUAAGCCACAUUCUUAACAACUUCAAGUACUAACAUUUGUCAUAAUGACAUUGUAUACAUGGUUAAUGAAAAUCCCCAGUCAAGUUGCAAAUAAUUUUCAUAUUUCAUAUACAUUUACUUAUAUUUUUCUAUAAAAUUAUAUGGUAAAUAUCCAUUUUUUAAAAUAAAACUUUGAAAAAAAAAGUUUAUUAUAAAAAAAAAACACCUGGUGUUAAACAUGGUGACACUGAAUUUGAAUUUUUUGUUAAGCGCUUUGUGCAGUUAAAGAGAACUCAAUUUUGUCAGAUGAAAGAACACAAUUGAAACUCAAGGCAAAUAAGUAAUGAGCUUAUUUUAUUAUUGCUGUUGAUACACUUUCAACUAAUUAUGUCUUUAAUAAUCGGAAUAUACACUAAUAAUUGAAAUAUUCACUAAUCAUUGGAAUAUUCACUAAUAAUUGGAAUAUUCACUAAUAAUUGGAAUAUUCACUUAUUUAGAAUCUCCUGGGAGAGUUGGUGCUGGUUAUUUCAUGGCUUCCUUUUUUGUCUUAAAAUUAUGUUUACUAUUAUUAAUCAUGGUAAAAUAUAUUUACCAUUGUUUAUCUCAAAAUAUUUUUACCAUUGCUUAUAGCAAAAUAUGUUUAUCAUUACUCACAUAAAAAUAUGUUUACUAUUACUCACAUCAAAAAAUAUGUUUACAGUUAACUAUGUAAAUUUUUUGUGCACUAUUAUCUUGUGAAAAAAUGUGUUUACACUCAAGUCUAAGCACACUUUUAACUUUAUGUAACUAGAUAUUUUUGUGUUAUGGCUACAUUUCCAAUGAAUUUCACAUUCUCUUUCAAAUCAGACUCAUAAUAAGAGUAUUUCUGUUGAGGCACCUUUACGAUGCCACAUUUUUGGUGUAAAUCUAACCUCUUUAGAUUCUGUCAUUCAAAGUCUCAAAGAAUGUGGAAAUUCAUCCUAAGAAUUUGUCUAAUUAUAUAGCAGAUUUGAUGUCUCUGUUUUCAGCUUGUUUUGUCUAAUUAUAUAGCAGAUUUGGUGUCUCUGUUUUCAGCUUGUUAUGCUUGGAAUUAUAUGGACCAUAUUAUAUGGACCAUAAUGCAACAAAACUAAUGUUCAUGAAAUGAGCUCAAAUUGUUUAAACUGGAUUAUGUUAUAUUUUUCAGUAACAGCUAAAUAUAUGGUAUUGAAGACAAAGGAUGAAGUAUUAGUUUCAAUGUAAUUUUGGAAUAUACUUUACUGCAGAUUUUAAAAAAAAAAUGUUUGUUUUAUUGCUACCCGUUUAAAUUGGUUUCAUUUAUUUUCUGUAAAUUAUGUUUCUUAAAAAUUAUAAUAAUCUAUACAAUUACAAUAAAGUGCCAAUAAUAUUUAAUCAUG